CAUGGCUUGUGUGGCCCACUCUGGGAUGGCUGCAGAUGAAAUAGCAGAGAAUAUUGAUUCAGCUGUCAGCACCAUCGUGACAAAACUACGGGUUAGAAAGGACCGUUGAUAAAGGUCAUCCACUUGAAAAGCCAAUCAGUGGCUCUGCCCAUCUACACCUCUAACCUGAGUAACCUGACCCUUAUAGAUGAAACACAGAAACAGACCCGCGCAGCCAUGGAUGCCAAGGUGAUCCCUUACAAGACACUGAGGACUGAGUACAAGCCCUUUGAAGCCAAACGACGGCUGCUGGGGAACUUUGACAUGUUUCUUUCAGACGACCGCAUUCGCCGCCUGCUGUCCUCGCACAUCGGCAAGCACUUCUACGAGAGAAAGAAGGAGCCUUUGUCAUUGAACCUGCAGAGCAAGAAGCUGGCCUUGGACAUCCAGAGAACCAUCCAGGGGACAACAACCUCCAUUUCUAAGAAAGGCUGCUACUGCAUGGCUUGUGUGGCCCACUCUGGGAUGGCUGCAGAUGAAAUAGCAGAGAAUAUUGAUUCAGCUGUCAGCACCAUCGUGACAAAACUACGGGUUAGAAAGGACCGUUGAUAAAGGUCAUCCACUUGAAAAGCCAAUCAGUGGCUCUGCCCAUCUACACCUCUAACCUGAGUAACCUGACCCUUAUAGAUGAAACACAGAAACAGACCCGCGCAGCCAUGGAUGCCAAGAAGUCUGCAAAGAAAGAACAGAAGUCUACAGAAAAAAACUCUGGUGCUGACGGGGAGGAAGAGGUUCCCGUAGUAAUGCCAAGGAAAAAGGCUAAAGUGGAGAAGCCGACCAAGAAGGGACUUGUGAAGGUACCCAAACCAACAGGAGGAAAGGUAUAAAAUAAAAAAUGACCAAGAAGGCUGCAAAAAUACCCUCACAAAAUAUGAAAAGAGAAGUGCCUAAAUCUUAAUGUCUGUUUGUUAACUCAGUGGAACACAACUCUUCUUUCUCUCCUCAUUGCUACCUGUGUAUUACUCUCCCCUUCUCUAAAUGGAACUCUGACUUCAUUAUACUGAUAUAAAAAGGACUGGUUCUAAAUGUAUAUAAACUGUCAAUGUUAAUCGAUCCAAGGACAAACUCAAAUGUGUUGCAAAUCUUUGUCUGCCCCAUAAAAGGGUCUUGUUCAAAAUCAUAUUUUGUAUAAGCCCAACUUGUAAAUUAAAAUAUUACCAGAAAAUAUA